AUGCCUUCUGUAAUUCAACACGCAAAAAUUGGUUCGAUUGGGUCUACUACCGACCAAGGAAAUACUCUCGGGAAACUACCAUCUUCCAAUGUGAGAUCCAGAGCCAAUGGCUGCAAUAAGUCUUCUCGGGCAAACGAUGUUGCCGAAAAGGGGCUACAGGAUGAUGUUGAAAGUUUUUUUACGUACCGAAAAACCAGAGCAAAACAUAGAAACUUAGACAGACGGCAUCUCGGUGCAUGCAAACCGGAAUCAAAUUCACCUAACCUCGAGAGCAAGAGGGGAAUUGUUAGAAAGCGCCAAAAGGAAGUUGAAUCCGAGACUGACAGCGAAGAAAGCCAGGAUGACGAGGACGAUUGGGAUAAUGAUGGUGACGACACCAGUGAGGAUGAGGGCAAGGAGGAGGAGGAAAAGCAGCCCAAGCCAGCUACUUCCAGUGGCGGAAUACUGCUUGGUGGAGGCAGCCCUACCCACACUGUAGGACCAGAAGCCAGCUCACGAGCAACUCUGGGCUCUGAAGCCAUUAUCCCACUUCCCUCGAAAGGUGGUUUUGCUAGAAAUCCUGCGCACCUAGCAGUUUUAAUAACAGGGAUAGUAGUUGCCGCAGUCAUUAUUAUAUUUUUUGCGACCUGUAUGAUAAUAAGGUCUAAAAGACGCCAGAAACCUGGAGGGCUUUAUAAUCGAUAUCAAGGCCUGCGUCGAAAUCUCGGGUUUGCCUCGCAAGACACCCUUGUCAAUGGGGACUAUAAAACUCUUCAUAUGGAAAAAAAUAUCAUGAAUACGGACGGUCUACCAGACUGGGAUCCAGCAUCAGGAUUUGCAAAGCCAUCUGAACCGCCUCUCAAAUCGAAACUACGCAACUCCCAAGAAAAGCACUCCUCUAUACUUCGGAAAGUCCUCACUGGCAAAAAGUCAAGCAUCCCCCACAUCAAUGCCAGACCUAAAUCUCUUGUGUUACGAGUGCGCAAUUCCGCAUUUGGACUCCCCAAAAUAGUGCCAGCCUACGAGGAAAUACAGCCUCUCACCAAGGCUCACACUGUCGAUUCUAACAGGUCUUCCCUGCUUGAACAGGGCCAUGAAAAUGGGAACACCCAGAAUAUUCUACCUCCGGUCUUCACAUCCAAAUUCUCGUGGACAAAUACACCGUCAACAAACACGUACACAAAUUCAGCUAUGUUUACACCAAAGCAUUUACACCCUGCACCCAAAGCCGAUGACAACGAUGCAGCAACUGUAUUCACAGAAGAUACGGAACCUCCACGCUUCAGAACCACUACGAGUUGGGUGCUGCAACAACAGGUCAAGAACCAGCACCAAACCCAUUCGAACCCUGAUAUUCCCAAGCCACCACCUAGCGAUAUAGAUUCCUCCAUUUCGGAGGACUCACGGGUCCCAGAUGGGGCUUUACCAGGGCUUGCAAUAUGA